GUGUAUUACGCUGAUCAGUUCCGUAUCGUGUCACAUGAUCCUGAAUAUCAUCCGGCAGGAAGUGAAGAUGGCAAGCCAGUCCACGGGUAUCCAACAGCUGUUAAAAGCCGAGAAAACGGCAGCAGAUAAAGUAGCUGAGGCUAGAAAACGUAAAAACAGGAGACUAAAGCAAGCAAAGGAAGAGGCCCAAGCUGAAAUUGAUAACUACAAAGCUCAAAGGGAAAAACAAUAUAAACGUUAUGAACAGUCUGUGCUUGGCUCGCGAGGGGACAUGGAGACUAAAAUAGACAUCAAUACCAAACAGAAAAUUGAGGAGAUCAGUGCGGGAGUGAAGAAGAACAAGGAGCAAGCUAUAAAGGAGCUGCUUGAUUUAGUGUUGGAGAUCAAGCCCCUGGUACACAAGAAUCUAGUGCCAAAAGUGUAACAUUGUACCUUACAUGUCAUCAUACCAUCAUGAGACUUAGAGCUAGUCAAAGGUGUACAGUGUAUAUGUGAUGGGACUUAAAAACAGAUCAACUGGACUUGAUAUCUAACUGGAAUACAAAAAUGCAGUGCAUUAAAGAUAAGACCUUGUGCUGUGUGCCAAUAAAAGAAAGGUAGAAAAUAUUCUGACCAGGUUAACCCUUUCAACCCUAUGUAACAUUAGUGAACUCUACCAUGCAUUGAUUUGAAUGAGUCCAUUAUGGUCUACAGUGGUUAAAGGGUAUUUAGAAGUGAACAUGUUUACUGCAUUCAGUAGAAAGUGGAAUUUUCAUUUUGUGUGUUGGGCUAGAAGGUAUGAUUAAAACUAACAGUAGAGUUGGUUGUAUAUUUGAUAUGGAAACUAUGUGUUUAUACUAGAGCUUAACUUGUGUAUUAUUGGAUGUUUGAGCAAAUACAUCAACAUUAGUUCUUACUGUAGGUACAAGCAUGUUGUUAAUCGAAUAGACAAUAAGACAUUAUAUGUAUCUAAAGUUAUAUCCAGGAUUUAUUUCAUAUAUAUCAGGAUUAAAAACACAAUAAAAUAUACAAGUUGGUACCUUAAUACAAUGAAGAGUGAUUCUAAUAUUUGGUGAAAGUAUAUAUAUAUACGCAAUUUUGAAUCUUCCUAGAUUUUUCAGCAAUAGCAUUGUACUAGAAAUGACCAUAGAACAAAUGAUAAUCAGAAAAUAUUGAUUUGAAAGGUUUAAGUAAAUUUAUAAUUCCAUUUAAUCACUGUAGUAAAAGUAGAAUAGAAACAAGUUGUAAGUUCUGAUUGAAAACUAUGACAGACAUACCAUUCCUUGCAUUUCUCUUGUCGAUUUGUGUAUUUGAUACUGAUGCAUUCCGAAUCCUGAUGUUUUGUAUUGUAAGGGGAGGUAACUUCAAACUGAUUGUAGAUGGGUGAAAUAUUACAGGACUAGGGGUGUUAUGGGCAUUAUCGGUCCUAAAGAGAAGUUAUGAUAUACAGGAUAAUCACAAAAAUCGUGAUCCUUAUAUGGGCAUGUUCUACAAAACAUAAGAUAUGUAUGAGUGCUAUGAUCAUUGAUAAAACAUUUAUAAUUUUCAAUACUGUUGAGCUUGAGUUUGAUUUCAGUCAGUUUCAUUUUUAAGGGAUGUAGACUCUACACCAUGUUGGAUUAACAUUGGAAUGAAUGUUUAAGAGAGGGAAUCAUAAGUGAGAUUGGUAUCUAUGAUGUAUUGUUGUAAAAUUUGUUUAUUUGAUAUUAUUUAUUAACCAUUAAAGUCAACACCAUAUAUCAGC